GGACCAUUGACUUGUAUGACAGGAACGUGGCAGGGGUGGACGUCUUUUUCCAGUCAGGCCUCGCCAAGUCGAUUGGUUGCUGGUAGCGGAAAUGCGCAACUCAUGUGACAGGGGGAGGGAACUCCGUGUACUUUUCUAGACUGGGGAGGCGUUCCAUUUUGUCAGUGUGUAAAACGCUCACCCGGAGGUUCAGUGGAAUUCACCAGACUCGACAGCUAACAACAUGAAGAUCUGGACCUCGGAACACAUAUUUAACCACCCAUGGGAGACGGUGACCAAAGCCGCCAUGCAGAAGUACCCCAACCCCAUGAACCCCAGUGUGGUUGGAGUGGACGUGCUGGACAGGAGCGUGGACAACCAGGGGCGUCUCCACAGCAAACGGCUACUGAGCACGGAAUGGGGCCUUCCAUCUAUAGUCAAAUCCAUCAUCGGUAACACGCGCACAUGCACUUACAUCCAAGAGCACUCAGUGGUGGACCCGCAAGAGAAGACGUUAGAACUGCAAUCGGCCAAUAUCACAUUUACGAAUAUGGUGUCUGUGGACGAGAGGCUCAUAUACAGGCCGCACCCAGAAGAUCCAGAGAAGACGGUCCUAACACAGGAAGCCCUCAUCUCAGUCAAGGGCGUAAGUCUCAGUAGCUACCUGGAGGGGGUCAUGGCCAAUACCAUCUCGGCAAACGCAGGCAAGGGUCGUGAGGCGAUGGAAUGGGUCAUCAGGAGACUGAACACAGAGAUCGAGGAGUUGACCGCCACCGCGCGCGGCACCAUGCGGGCGCCCAUGGCAGCGGCAGUGGCUGAGAAAUGACCCUCCCCCUCCCUACUUCUUGCAUCCCUCUAACUCCCUUUCGCUCUCCAUCACUCAUUUCUAACUCUGCAUUCCCUUUUUAUCUCUUUCUUUCUUUCUUUCUCUCUUUCUUCCUCUCUCUCUUUCUUUACUGACUGGGAACUCUUCUCCCAUGCCAGAACAAGCAGCCUCCUUCUGUGUUACGGAUGCAGUCUUCAUUCUUUUUUUUUCCUCUCCUUUUUUUCCAUUCAUGGAAAGUAAUUUUUACCCAUGUCCCUUCGUCAGGCGUCUACAUUAGAUGCUGAAGGGAUGAUCUGGACAGUGACACACAAGGAGGCUGGCCAUGACACACCUUACAGCUUCAAAGGCAGUUAGACAGUCAAAUCUGCCUUUGAUUGGACAAGUUAAGACUAGAGCUCAUUCAAGAUCCUCGAGGAUGCUGUUUGAGAGAAUGUGGACAUGCAAAAAAACAACAGCAGCAACAACAUAUAAAAGCUUCACAACAACACCAGGCAAUGACCUUG